CACAGAGCGACGGUUGCUAUCUGCAUGGUCUAGGGAGAUUAGGUAAAUGGCAUGCCAUCUCGACGGUCUCAUACCAAAUCCCAUCACGGCUGUGCCCAGUGCAAACACCGUCGGAUAAAAUGCGACGAGUUUCGACCUAUUUGCAGCUCGUGCCAUAAGAAGCACAUCAGAUGCUCAUUCGAGGGCGAAUUCACCCCCCAAACAUUGCAUCACGACUUUGCUGCCCCUAGGACCCGUGUCGAUCUCAUUCCGAGAAACGACAGCUUCCAGCUCCCACUGCUGGAUUUGGAGCUCCUGAAUCACUGGCACGUGGCGACCGUGCGGACAUUGGUGCACGACAAAUCCACAGAGAAGGUUCUGCGGGAAUUUGUCCCACAGGAGGCUCUAUCGCAUCCGUUCUUAAUGCACAGUCUAUUGGCUCUAUCUGCACUUCACCUAAGUCACCAUGGCCCUGUCGACAGAAGACACAAGUACACUGAGGCCGCCAUGACACACAACAACCAUUCGCUAUCUUUGUGUAAGCCUCUUUUAAACAAUGUGACUUCGGGAAACUGUCAUGCUUUGUUCGCGUUUGCAUGUUUCGUCGUCAUGUUUUCGUUUGCUGCGCAUGGACCAAAGGUCGACCCAGGAGCUCAGCAUCUGUCAGCUGUUCUUGAGGUCUUCAUGUUAAUUCGGGGAGUGGCUUCAAUAGUGGGACAGGCUCGCCCAUGGAUUGAAGCAGGCGGUAUGAGAGAUUUACUAAAACUCGGCGAGCAGCCGCGUGAAGAAUCGAACACCGCGCAUGCGCGGGAACUGUAUGCUCGCAUAUCGGACAUAUAUGACAAUCUGAGACGACCUUCUCGGCCGGAAUGCUACGAUAGCGAGAGCCUAGUGAUUGAAGAAUCCGUUCAAAAGUUCCUUGAUCUGCUGCAACAGGCAAUCGGCGUAGCAAACCCAGCCCCUUCCAUUAUGAUGAGAUGGCCUGCCGUGAUAAAUGCGAAGUAUUUGGAUUUGUUACAGGCAAACCAUCCCACAGCACUGGUGGUACUUGCUCAUUAUGGUGUUGCACUUGAGCUGAUGGCUGAGAAUUGGUGGUUGGAUGGAUGGGGUGCGUUUUUGGUGAAUACCGCUUUGUAUCGUUCGGGACCAGCUCCUGGGCCAGAGCUCGUAUGGGCUUGGGAAGCUAUAAAGCGGAAGUCAUAACGCCCAGUCGUCCAGUCCAUCUUCGUAGGAAGAUUGGAUCGAGGUAUCUUCA